GCGGGGCGGGGCGGGGCCGGGCCGCCCGGAGCCGCGGGGAGCCGCGGGGAGCAUGGCCGGGAAGGAGCCGCUGCUCGGCGCCCUGCGAGCCGCCGUGCUGCGGCUCCGGGAGGGCCGCGACCCCUGCACGGACGCCUCGCCGCACCUCGCUCCCUUCUGCCAGCUCCUGGAGACCGUCCUGCGCCGGGGACUGAGACAGCCGCGGCUGGGCCUGGGGACACGCGACUACUGGCACUGGCUGCGGCAGCUGCCGCCGCGGGACGCCGGCGGCCGCCCCAGCGCUCUGUCCCUCGGCGUGGAGGAGGCCGGUGCCUGCGCCAAGGUGCUGACGGCGCAGGGCCGAGGCCGGUACUUCGUGCGCCUGGCGCUCAACGGGCGGCUGCUGGCGGCGGCCGUGCGGCAGCUCGCGGGGACGCCCCGGCUCCUGCAGUUUUACGAUCCUGCGAACUCCAUCCUCGGCAACGAAGCCCUCAUGGAGCCCUUCCUCUCGCUAAUGCUGGUGGUGACAGAGAUGAAUUUCUCCCUGGAUCUGCAGAACUGCAGUUUCUUGGACGAAAGCUGGCUGCUGCCGGUGUGCAUCACGUACGAGACGGUCCCGUGCCGGGCGCUGGGGAUGGUGCUCAGGUACGUGCAGGGACGCGUCUUCGUCACCGAGGUGCUCCCCGAGAGCCAGGCGGAGGUGGACGAGGUGGUGCUGGCCGGCGACGUCCUCGACGAGAUCAACGGCUGCUCGCUGAGGAACGCGUACAGCGGGCAGGCCGGCGCGGUGCUGCGGAAGCUGAGGGGCGAGCCGCUGAGCUUGGGCCUGCUGCGGUGGCGGUGGCACGACGGAGGGCUCUUCGUGCCCCUGCUGCCCUACCUGGAGGUGCUGAGGGAGAAGGAGCCCGGCUUCCGGCUGCAGCAGGGCCCCCGGCGCGCGGCCGAGCGGGAGCCGCGGCGGCUGCAGGGGGGCAGGCUGCUCUAUAACCUGCGGUACCUGGGCCGGACCGGCGUCGGGAAGGACGGUAGCAAGGAGGUGCUGGAGCAGGGCAUCCCCGCCGUGUUGGAGAGGAGCUUGCCAGCGCGGGAGGUUUUAUUUGACGUGAAGGAAACGGAAGUCCUCGUACAAGAGAAGACUUCUUCCAAGGUCCUGUUCCGCUACCCCUAUCCGGAGAUCUCCUGCGUGGGACGCCGCUCGGGCAGCAGCAGUUUAUUUGCCUUCUGUGUUGUCGUUUCUCCAGAGAGCCCUGAAGGGAGCACGUUUGACUGUCUAGUGUUUGAAUCAAAUUCUGAGCAAGAAUGUGAGGAAAUUAUCAAGAGAAUUGCUGCAGGAUUUAAACACACGGAGUGGUUUGUCUGAUAAGGGAAGAGCUGCGGCUCUGGCUGUGAGCUGCCUCCCAGCACUCUGGUGACCCUGUCCUGUUCACAGCCCAGCCUUAGUCCGAAACACAGCGAUCCCGACAGCAGCCGUCUUGGAGUAAGAUGCAGGUUCCGACUCUUACAAACUGGUAUUUUUAAACUACUGUCAGGACAUUGUUGUAGAAGGAAGUGCUUUAAAUGCAUCCUGUCUUAAACAAUUACACAGAAAGGCCAAUGUUGACUUACUGUGUCCACUCUCCUUUGUACAAACUACUGCUUUUUCUUCCUAAAAAGUCACUUUUCCCAGGGAGCUUUUAACUUCAUUGAAAUAAAUCAAAAUGGACUAACUUCA